UAAAGUGUUAUGAAAGUGGAGUUUAUUAUUAGUGGAUUUAUGUGAAACAUGCUAGUGGCAGCGGCUCCUACUGUUGAAGCAGAUCCGUACGGGGGUAACCAUAAACUCAGAUGGUCUAAAACAGCCCGCAGCCUCCCAGAAAGUACCCGUAGGCCACAGCUAGCUCGGGAGUGGACCUUCCAUUCUGUGGAAGCUGAGGAUUUUACCAAUAAUGUGGUCCCUUACAGACUCCCCAGAAUAGACACACCCAGAGAGGCCUUCGGCAGAUUUAAUGCUGAUCCAGAUGAUGUUUGGAGUCGUUAUGGUUACCAAAAUCAAAUAAAAAUCCCUGGGGAGCUGGGUCCAGUGGUGCGGAUGCUGAAUCCUCCCCAGACAUACGCUCAAGCCGAGAGGCAGAUGAACCUUGUGGUGCCUAAAUUCAAGAACGCUGCUAUCACCCCCACCAUGCGCCCCAUUCAUUGGACCCCUCCACAGAAAGAUAUUGAUGAUGUACAGGUGUACAAAAGCAUGAUCUCUGCUGUCCGUAACAAGCAUUUAGAAAUGGAGGCAAAUCGUCCCGAGCCUACUCCAUCCCCCAUCUCACGCUGUGACUCUCCCGCCAAAUCUGUCAAAAGCAUACACUGGAUGUUGGGUAGCAAUAAGCACCCAACAUUUGACGUAAAGGGUAGAGGACGGAACCAGGGGCCAUACUCCAGGGAGUUCACAGUUCGAUGCACCGCCCCAACCAACUGGAUGAGGAUGAAGUGGGGGAGGGCCAAUACAGUAUAUCAUUGAUGAUGUCACUUCCUGUUUUCAUCACAUCUGUACAGCUGCACUUACAAAUUUUGGACCUUUGACCUAGUUUGCAUAAUAUUAAACUUGAUUUUGUAAACAAAAGUGCUUCUCUGAGGAACUUCAGGAAUCUCUGAUAAUUUUCAUGGUCUUUCAAUUGUUGUAUAUCUUGUGUUGAUUUUUGUAGAUUUAUAAAAAUUUUGUCUAGACUAGGGUUGGAUAUCAUUAAGGAAAAAAUUGUGUACCACACAGGUAUUUUUGAAACGAUCUGUUCUUUUUUUCGAGACCUUCAUCUGUCAAUAUAUUUGAUAAAAUAAUGUAAAAGAAAAGAAAAAAUUUGGAGUCGGUACAUACCGGUAAUAUAUAUAUCCAGUCUACCUCAUUUCAUUAACAAGUGUAACUUAACAAGUGACAUUUCACGUUAAGUUCAAUCUCAUGGUUGUUAAAACAAUUUUAUUUUCUUGAAUAAACUUGAAUGCAUUAAAUAUGCAAAGGAGAAAAUUUAAUACCAAUAUUGGUACUGGUAUGAAAUGAAACUGUAUUUGACUGGUGAUACGUUUUGAAGCAACUAUUCAGUACAGUACGGAUACUGAGUACCGGUGUGUCCAACUCUAGUCUGGAUUAAUUAUGUAUUCUAAUAUAGAAGGUUCUAGUGAUAUUCUAAAAAAUGAAUUCCUUUCUAUUUUCUAGCAAUCUGCCCAUAUAUUUUUACCAACCACUAGCAAAAAUAGAUAUGCCAUGAUAGUUUAAAGUUUGAUUUAAUUUGGAUACUUUUAAGUUUUAGAUUUAAUUAAUAUAUUUGAAUACACAAUCCAAUGAAAUUGUUUAUACUCCCAGACUUUGAAACUCUGCCCAUUUGAAAAUGAAGAGACUGUUAAGUCAAAGACAAUCACGAUUUUAAGGCUGUACAUAACGAAUGACCAUGUCUGUUGAUGUAGCAUCAGCUGAUAUCGGUAUAGUAUAGUGUAGCUAGAUGAUAUGAUAUCAGUAACAUACAUGUUAUCAGUAACAUACGUGUUAUCAGUAAGUAUGACAUAGAUCAUACAUACUAUUGUACAUGUGUAUAACAUAUCACAUGUACCUUUAUUUUGCUAUGUUAAACACUGUUAAAACUGUGAUAUUGUAUUAUAUAAUUAUUUAAUUUAUUUUUCAAAAAACUAAUUGUUUUGUUACUUGAAAAUGUGAAAAAUAUGCCAUUAAAAUGGUUUGAGAUGAGAUUUUUAGUUGUUGAAGUAAAUUUUGUUCUCAGUGCCUGUAGCAAGGUGUCUUGACAGAUUGGUUGGUCUGUGUUGCAAAUGUGUUUGAGUGUGUGGAUGGUCAGCAGUUAAUUGCAACUAUAGUUUUUUUUUUUUCUGUUGCUAUAUUAGACCGAGGUUUAACUGAAAUCAAUCUGUUUUAUAGUACAGCAGACUUUAUAUUAAUUUUAAGAUUAUUAUGGUUUGUAUGUAAGUCAGUAGUUUGUUUUUAUUGAUUAUUUUAAACACUGGAGAAUUAUAUUCUACAUGUAUACGUCAUAGUUAUGAUUGUUAAAGAUAUUUCAAAAUGUAUAUCUUAAUUAUUGAAGAAAAUAUUAAUUAGUGUAGAUUAGCUUAUUAUGAAUGCUGAAAUUAGUGUUAGUUUAGAUAUAAAGAUGUACAAGUAUAUAAUGUACUGUACAAGAGCUUUUCCUAUCUGUGAUUUAUUUAUUGUGUGCAGGAAGUUCAUAGUAUCUAUUUAUUAAAUUUCAUGUUUUUUCUUUUGAUAAUGGAGGCACUGACUUAGUACAUAUGUACUGCAUUGCAGAAGGCUAUAGAAAUUACGAGGUCUUUUCUUUAACCAUAUUUCAACUGAAGUGGAAUAGCUUCUAUAGUGCUGGGCAUAAUUUUCGUUUGAUAUUCACUUUUUUUUGCCGUUUGUUUGAUUUUAUGUCAUGUUAGAGAUAAUAUGGCAGAAAAUUUAGUAAAUGUAAUAUAAAGGAUUUGUCUUCCCUUGUCUGAAAUUCAAAUAAGGAAAAAUAUGGAUUUUGGUGACUAUCUGAGAAAUGUUUUCAUGUAUAAACCAUGCAGUCACCUGUAUUGUAAUCCUGGCAACCAAGAUUUUUUCCCCCUAACAUAUCAAAUUAUCUGUUUUUGUAUUUAGUGGUACAUGUUUUAUGAUUGGAUUUUUCUCUCAGUAUUAGAUUUCAGUAUGAUAGAUAAACAUAUUUUCUACCUAUUCAAUCAAUAUGUAAUUUACCAUUAUUUGAGAUUCUGAAGGUCAGCAGCCCUCUAAUGUUGGGUGACAGUAGACAGAUAGAGUUUCAGACAUGGAGGGUUAUAUUUUUUUUCCUUUGUUCUCAUUACUGAAUAUAUAGCUGACGGUAUAUUAAUUUCUGUCAUCAAUAUUAUUAAUAUAUGUUCAAACACUAUCUGUUUUCUGUUAUCUUUACUUUUAACUGACAAUAUAGAUAUUGAUAUUCUUCUGGAAAAUAUGAGAAAAGCAACUUCCUAUUGAUAUGAGAAAGAAUAAUUUUUUGUCUCUUGCUCUUUAUUAAAAUGAUGCAUUUCCCAGCAAAACCUUGGCUGAAUAUGAUGUUGUUUCUAAAUACUCAAGUAACACAGAAAAUUGAAUUUUUUUCCAAAACUAUUCUUUUCUUUGCUGUCUUUUUGGAGGUUGUUUCUAUUUUUAAUUUUCAAUUUUGAUUCACUAAACAUGUUGGCAUACAAACAUGUAACAUAAUAUGAGAAGUACAGUGUGUUAAGUACUUAAAUGGCGAAAAUUUUUUUUUUUUUUUUACUGUUUAAGUCUGCACAAAAUUUUUCUCCAUUUUAAAUUUGCCCAGACACAGUUCUGUUAAAGAGAUAAUGCUGUUUUCUUUGAAUUCGCCCACUUUUAAAUUCACUCACUUGCCACAAGAAAUAAAAUGGGGGAAAUUUCCCUGUAUACAGUAUAUUUGGACAUGUACAACUAUGAUUUUGAAAAUGCAUGUAAUAUAUUGAAAAUAUUGAAAGUAUAUUUCUUUUUUUGAUAGACAUAUUGUUGGAAUUGUUGACAUAUAGGGUAUGUAAUUUUGUCAUAUGACAGCCAGUGUUGUAAUAACUUAUAAUAGGUUUCAUUUGUUUUUAAUUCUCUCUCCACAUCUUAUGGUGUGAAUUACAUGUAAAACACAACUCAGUUUACAAUUUUCAUUUGAUGUGUAAUAUGGAAUACAUCAUGCCUGAGAUUGGUUAAUAAAAAAUGAAUGUGAUGAAAAUAA